AUGGCCUCCAAGCUGCUGCGGGCGGUGGUGCUGGGACCGCCCGGCUCGGGCAAGGGGACGGUGUGCGAGAGGAUCGCCCGCAGCUUCGGGCUCCAGCAUCUCUCCAGCGGCCAGUUCCUGCGGGAGAGCCUCCGCGGCGGCGGCGAAGUUGGCGUCUUGGCAAAGCAGUACCUUGAGCGAGGCCUUCUGGUGCCGGACCACGUCAUCACGCGUGUGAUGAUGACGGAGCUGGAGAAGCGGCGAGACCAGCACUGGCUGCUUGAUGGUUUCCCCCGGACGCUGGGGCAAGCCAAGGCGCUGGACAGGAUCUGCGAGCUGGACCUGGUGAUCAGCUUGAACAUACCCUUCGAGACGCUGAAGGAUCGCCUGAGCGCCCGCUGGGUCCACCCGGCCAGUGGGAGGGUGUACAACAUGGACUUCAACCCCCCCCAUGUCCGGGGCGUCGAUGACCUGACGGGUGAGCCGCUGGUCCAGCGCGAGGACGACAAACCCGAGGCCGUUGCUGCCAGGCUCAGAAAAUACAAAGAUGCUGCAAAGCCAGUAAUAGAGUUGUACAAGAGCAGGGGCAUCCUUCACUCCUUCUCGGGGACGGAGACCAACAAGAUCUGGCCAUACGUGUACACCCUGCUUUCCAGCAAGAUCCCACCCGUUCUCUCGGACGAGGAGAACUAAACAGCUUGUACCAAGGACCAAGA